AUGAGUCCCCGGGUGGCCGCACUCUCGGCUAUCGGCUUUUCUUCGAUCGCGCUGGUUGUCGUGAGCAUUUUUGUGCCGGCUUUGUACCUCAAGAUUUCCGCCAUCACGCAGUCCGUCGACAGGGACAUGGCGGACUUUAAACGUCUUCAAGACGGCGUCUGGGGCCAUAUGCGAGCGACGGAGAGCCCCUACAACAAGGCGAGGGCGGCCAGACAGGCGACACCUGGCGGUUGUGCCUGCCAGCAAAAGAGCGCUUGUCCGGCUGGGCCUCCCGGAACUCCAGGAGCGCCUGGACUUGAUGGUGAUGACGGGCACCCCGGAGCUCCAGGUGAGCCCGGGUUGGCCGGAAACAUGCCGUCGAUCUACGUGGAUCACAAGGAGGACUGCCGGAUCUGCCCGAAUGGACCGACCGGAUAUCCUGGACUACCAGGACAACCGGGCCCGCAAGGAGUGCAGGGACCCCAGGGUCCGCCUGGACUCCCCGGAAACGAGGGCCUACCCGGAGCUCCCGGCGGCUUGGGCACCGACGGCAAGCCGGGCAUGGACGGCAAGACGGGGGAGCUGGGGAAGCAGGGCGACGUCGGCGAGCCGGGAGCGCCGGGCGCCGACGGGGGCCCCGGGCAGCGUGGAGGGCCCGGCGAGGACGCGCAGUACUGCAAGUGCCCGCAUCGCUCCGACAGGGCCAAGCACGCGCAUCGCCGCGUCGUCAUGGUG